CCUCCUCAUCAUCCCUGUUUCCUUCAAGUCCUCAAAUGUGGAGCUUCCUCCGUCGGCAGAUACGGCGGGUACCGAGGCCUGGUUCAUGUUAACGACACACGUUAAUAUGAGGAUGAGGAGAUAAAAAACCCGUCUGGAUGAAGUUGCAGUUCAGUUUCAGAAAGUGAAGUAGAGAUGUUUGCUGUUGACUGAAGUCCAUCCCCGAGAAACAAAAUGAAGAGGAGGCUGCUUCGUGGUUUCCUGUCGGAAAUCUCCAUCCGGAUGGCGCUGCUGGUGGUGUUCCUUGUGACGGAGCAGCUUCCUCCUUUCUACCGUGAGAUCCAGGCGGAGGAGAUGUGGUUGUAUAAAUUCCAUCGUGUGGAGAGAGACCACGUACCCACAUCUCUCAUGUUUAGUGUGGCGGUUUUCACACCGCUGAUCGUAAUCAUGGUUUUCACCUUCCUGAAGAAGUCUGAGCGAGGAGAUCUGAAGGAGGCGUCGCUGGCUGUGACUCUGACUCUGGUGCUGAACGGAGUUUUCACCAACGUCAUCAAACUGGCUGUCGGCAGGCCACGACCAGACUUCUUCUACCGCUGUUUUCCAGACGGUCAGAUGAACCUGGAGCUUCGCUGCAGCGGCGACCCAGAUGUGGUCAUGGAGGGCAGAAAGAGCUUUCCUAGCGGACACUCUUCCUUUGCUUUCGCAGGAUUGGGCUUCACGGCGUUGUACAUCGCAGGAAAGCUGCGCUGCUUUAAUGCGGCAGGCCAAGGCAGAGCGUGGCGGCUGUGUGCCUUCCUCACCCCUUUACUGGUGGCGACUGUGAUCGCCCUCUCCAGAACCUGCGACUACAAACACCACUGGCAAGAUGUGUUAGUGGGUUCUCUGCUGGGUCUCGUGUUCGCCUGGCUGUGUUACAGACAGCACUACCCUCCAUUACAGGACCCCGACUGCCACAGACCUCUGCGUCACAGAGAGGGUGUCCCCGCUGCACAGGAACGCAGGCUGGCCAACUCCAACUACAUCCUGCCCCUGUAACCAGCUGUAACUUGAUUAUACUCUUUAAUGGUGUCAUUUAUAACGGGUUACAUGUUAAUCCUUCAACCUCUGGUUUUCGCAUCCUUAGGGCUGGGCAGUAUAUCAAUAUUUACUGUUUAUCAUUGUAACUGUAUUGUGGGAAUUUUUUUUUUGGUGGUGAAACAUGAGACUAAACUAAAAUGACACUUUUUCUCCUGAAAGUUUCCUUAAACAUUUGAGAGUUGCUGACAAUACUAAAACCAGUUUAACAGCCAAUAUUUAAAGGUCUGGUGGUCAUGACAUUUAUUUUUUUUCCCCAUCUGGCCCAGCCCUACUGUACACACCCUGUGUAUUGUGCCUAUAGAUCACAUAACAUUAAGUACUCACAACAGCUGAGCAGGUCAAGUACACAAGCACCACACUAAAAGUUCACUGCCCGUCAGUCUCUGGCUCAGCUGCUGUGAAACAGUUUAGUUGUGUAGGGUCACUAUUUUGUGAUUGUUUUGUAAACUCGCAACUAUUUCAAAAAAAGCAGGGUUUAGACUCGAGGAGGAAAAAUGAGAAUCUUAAGUUCAAACAUCUGCUUACUAAUGAAUCAGAGAUUCUAGCCGCAUCUCAACAUCAGAUCAAAAACAGUCACAGCGUCGACUGGGAAGAAGCGAAAGUCGCUGGAGACCGUCGUCUUUAACCAGAAACAAUAGUUAACCCCCAAUAUACGACGAGCACAUAACUUAACACGAUUAGACAUGAGUCUGAUGCACUCGCUGAAGAAGACCAUGAGAUGUGGAUGCACCGUUUGAUCAGUAUUGGUGACCUUAUUAAGACGGUUUCGUUAUCAACAUCGUCAUAAGAAACAGUGUUUCCGCUAUCAGUUAUAUUCUCUCAGUGACUCCCUGGUCUCAUGUGACCUUACAUAUAAAUGAUCUAAAUGACAGUGAGGUACAAAGAUUUUAAAUUUGAGGGGAAAAAGGUGUUGGAAUAGAAAAAGUCAGAUGGGUGCAUCUGUAGCGUGACAUACGGUUGAAACCUCUGAAUCAUUAGUAAGUCGACCUUUGAACUUCGAUUCCCUUCACCAGGUUGUAUUUUGGAUGAAGAAACCUGGCGAAGUACGAGUCUUUGAUGUGGGCUGUUCAUGUCUGAAAUUCGGGGUGGGCGAUCCUUUUUAUAACAGUAUAUGUCAUUUUAAAUCACAAUAUCAGUAUACAUAUAUAUUGUGAUACAAUCAACCUUUUAGAAAAUCAUUUAAGAAAUUGUUAAUGGAUAAAAUAACCAGACCAGGAUGUCUGUUUUGGAGGCGAAUUCAGCAACUUAUCUCAACAACUUGGUCAGCGUCGCAUCUUUGGUCUUCUCAGUUUUGCUCUACUGUCUCCAUCUCGAGUGCUUUAAAUCUCUUUGUCUUCCUAUAUUUUGAAUGUCAACCCGUUACCAUUCACAUAUUCAUGAAUUGAUAUAUCACUUGAUAACAUCCUGAUGUAGCAGUUACACUCGACUCGUACUACAGUUUUUGCAGUGCCUGCUGUACUUAUUUAUAAUUCUUUAAAAAAAUCAUAUCUCUGGUCUAACUGGACAGCACAUCAAAAUAUCUUCAGGCGUUAAUAUGACUGUAAGAGAAUAUAAAUGUUUUUUUUCAGUGGUCUCAGGCUUACUGUAGGUCUGUUUAUACGUCACUGCACACUGGCUCAGCGGCCGACCCGUUCAAACAAAAGUGUGAAUGUUCAGCGGAGAUGAAGAGACGUCACAGGGGUUGUUGUUUAUUUUUUUGUUUGUUUGUUUUUGUUGGGGUUUUUUUUGGAGUGACAGUAGAUCUUUCUGAUGAUGAACCUGAGUGGGGUCAGACUGUAGCCUCUCCAGGUGAUGGUGCUAGCCUCCCAGUGCUCCUGCUGGUCAGGUUUUCUGUCCUGUUAAUAGUUUUAUUGUCACUUAAAGAAAUUUGGUGGUUUGUUGAUUUUCGUUGGUAGAUUUCAUCAAAGUUUAAUUUAACAGAUUGAACGUUUAUAGUCUGUUUUACUUAUUUCCGUUCUGUUCAAUGUUUUUUUUCAAUUUCAUCCUUUAAUUACAGCUGACUUGUUGGUUUAAAAUUUGAUAGAAAGUGUCAAAUUUUUAUGCAGAAAUGAUGUUUUUUUUGCAGGUUGAAACAUGAGAAACUAAGAGGAACCUCAUCGUGUUUUUUGUUUUCGUGUCAAACCAGCCAAAGUUUUGCAGGGUCAAAGCACUUUUGUUCGUCGUUGUCGUACAUCCAGCUAAAAUCGAACUGGAUCGCAACAGUUUCAGACCAAACUUGGCAGAAAAACCUGGUGAAUUUUGUGCCUUUGUUUACUUCUUUGCUUCUCUGUUCAUGAAUGAAGUAUAUACUGCAUGUAACAGUGUAUGCUCUCUGUCAUGUCGUCGACACCACUUGGGUCUGUAACUUUUAAUUUUGUGUAUAGGAUUCACUUUGGGAAGAUAAUGAUGUUUAAAUGUGGCAUGCUGCCUUUCUUUACCUCAGAAAAAAAAAAAACCAACCCAUAUUACUUUUCAUAGAUUUCAUUGUUGAUGAAGUUUAACGAAGACAAAUGUGAAUAUUUCUGGGUGGAAAAGUGUAACAUUUACAACUGCGGGAGUAGCAAAGAUGGAGAAAAAAAACCCUUCACUUUAUACACAUCUUUGAGACAAAUAAUAUCUUUAAUUUACUUUGCCGGUCUAACAGGUAUUUAUGAGAUGAUGUACAGGUGUUGUAUUUAAUUUUUUGGGGCAUGUAGGAGUUUACUUGAAUUUUAAAUAUGUGUUUGUUUAUCCUAAAUGUGAUAAUGUUAUUUCAUGAGAAUAGGAAUCAUACUUGUGGGCACAUGGGGGUUUGAGUAGAUUGUUAUCAAAUACAAGUUAAUUAGAUUCUGCUGCAUUUUGAUAAAAUCCUGCAUGUUUCACAUCUUAAGAGCUACGUCAUUUGUUCUCAUCACUUCUUUCUUGAAUUUUACAGAGCAGGAUACAGAAUCCCCCACAUUUCCAUCCAUUUCUUUUGUGAUUUUUUUAUUUUUUAUUUUCAGAAAGUCGGUGUAUAUCAGGUUGAUGAUCGUGUCUCUUCAGAUGUUCUGUCAUGACGAGGGAUGAUACCAAAACUUGCCUGUUUUGCUUUGUUUUCGUCAUGCUCAUCAUUUGCCUUGGCUUUGUAGGAGCAAAUAGCAGCCGCUCAUGCUGACACAGUAUCCUGAUUGUACAUGUUGUGAUGCUUUUAAUGAAUCUUUUUGGUGACACUAAAAUGAUGUUUCUAAAUAAUCUUCCAAUACACACAUUUGUCCUUUGCUUA